AUGGCGCCCUCCGCGAGCGCGCAGGGCCCCGCGGGCGGCGCUGCUGCUGCGAGUCGAGCAGCAGCAGCGCGGGAACACGUGCUGGCAGCAACGCGGGACUACCGCGUGGCCCCGCGGCUGGACUACCGCACAGUCGCUGCUGUGGAGGGGCCCCUCGUGAUCCUGGACGACGUCAAGUUCCCCAAGUACUCCGAGAUCGUCACGGUCCACCUCGGCGACGGAAGCACCCGCGAGGGCCAGGUGCUGGAGAUAAAGGGACGGCGGGCGGUGGUGCAGGUGUUCGAGGGGACGGCGGGGAUCGACAACCGGCGGUGCCACGCGGAGUUCCGCGGCGACGUGCUGAAGAUGGGCGUGAGCGAGGAGCUGCUGGGGCGGGCGUUCGACGGAAGCGGGCGCGCGGUGGACCGCGGCCCGCGGGUGCUCGCGGAGGACUUCCUGGACCUGAACGGGUUUCCCAUAAACCCGCAGUGCCGCGUGUUUCCGCGGGAAAUGAUCCAGACGGGGCUGAGCGCAAUCGACGUGAUGAACAGCGUGGUGCGCGGGCAGAAGAUCCCGCUGUUCUCCGCGGCGGGGCUGCCGCACAACGAGAUCGGCGCGCAGAUCUGCAGGCAGGCGAGCCUGGUGGCGGGCAAGGACGUGCAGGACCACCACGGCGACAACUUCGCGGUGGUCUUCGGCGCGAUGGGCGUCAACAUGGAGACCGCGCGCUUCUUCCGCCAGGACUUCGAGGAGAACGGCAGCAUGGAGCGCGUGUGUCUCUUCCUGAACCUGGCCAACGACCCCACCAUCGAGCGCAUCGUGACCCCGCGGCUGGCGCUCACCGCCGCCGAGUUCCUCGCCUUCGAGAAGGAGAUGCACGUCUUCGUCAUCCUCACGGACAUGUCCGCCUACGCCGACGCCCUCCGCGAGGUCUCCGCCGCCAGGGAGGAGGUCCCCGGCAGGCGCGGCUACCCCGGCUACCUCUACACCGACUUGUCCUCCAUCUACGAGCGCGCCGGCAGGGUCGAGGGGCGCGCCGGCUCCAUCACGCAGUUUCCCAUUCUCACCAUGCCCAACGACGACAUCACCCACCCCAUCCCCGACCUCACGGGGUACAUCACCGAGGGGCAGAUCUUCGUCGACCGCGCCCUCCACAACCGCCAGAUCUACCCCCCCAUCAACGUCCUGCCUUCCCUCUCCAGGCUCAUGAAGAGCGGCAUUGGCAGGGGCAUGACCCGCGACGACCACCCCGCCGUCUCCGACCAGCUGUACGCGAACUACGCCAUAGGGCAGGACACGCGGGCGAUGAAGGCCGUGGUGGGGGAGGAGGCGCUCUCGGCGGACGACAUGCUCUUCAUGGAGUUCACCGACAAGUUCGAACGCCGCUUUCUGCAGCAGGGCCCUUACGAGGGCCGCGACAUCUUCCAGAGCCUCGACAUCGCCUGGGAGCUGCUGCGCACCUUCCCCGAAGACAUGCUCAAGAAGAUCCAGCAGCAGCUCCUCACCAAGUACUACCCCCGCACCAAGUACAUCCAGGCCCAGGCUGCGGACAAGAGGCAGCCUCCCCAGCAGCAGUGA